UAUUGAUUUUGAACGAUGAUUAAAAAUUUAACUUGUAAGAUGUUGAUUCAAAGGUGCUUUUUAAGGCUAUUGCACAUCGCUCCAAGAGUUAGAUUUGCCCCAAGUCCAACUGGAUACUUGCAUUUAGGAGGUUUAAGAACAGCUUUGUAUAAUUAUCUAUUUGCAAAGUCUCGUGGUGGGGUAUUUAUAUUACGUAUAGAAGAUACAGAUCAGACAAGAAAAGUGGAAGGUUCUAUAAAUGCUUUAACAAACGACCUAGAAUGGGCAGGAAUAGAGUGCGAUGAAGGACCAAGUAAAGGUGGGAAUUUUGGCCCAUAUGUGCAGAGUGAAAGACUAAAUAUUUAUCAAGAAUACAUUGAAAAACUGUUAGCAAAUGGUUCUGCUUAUAAAUGUUUUUGUACAGAGCGUCGUCUCAAUAUCCUCCGAAGAGAUGCAAUUAGAACCCAAAGGAUACCAAAAUAUGAUAACAAGUGUCGGAAUUUAACCCCUGCCAAUAUUCAAGAAAAGAUUAAAGCCGGAACACCUUACUGCAUAAGAUUCAAGCUAUCUUCAGACUGUUCGUCGUUUGAAGACCUCAUAUUCGGUGGUAUAGCUUAUGACGUGUCUCUGAAUGAAGGUGAUCCAGUGGUCAUGAAAAGUGAUGGCUAUCCGACAUAUCAUUUUGCUAAUGUUGUCGAUGAUUAUUUGAUGGGAGUAACACAUGUUCUACGUGGCGUGGAGUGGCAAAUAUCAACAACUAAACAUUUAUUGAUUUACAAAGCAUUUGGAUGGACACCACCACUAUUUGGUCACCUUCCGCUCAUCGUAAACGCCGAUGGUACCAAAUUAAGUAAACGCCAGUCCGAUGUGAAAGUAGAAGAUUAUAGGACCAAAGGGAUUUAUCCACUAGCAUUGGUAAAUUACAUAACAUUGUCUGGAGGAGGCUUUGAACACGUUGUUGGAGAAGGAAUUAGACUGAAAACUAUGGACGAACUAGCGGACGAGUUUCAUAUAGAAAAAAUAUCAUCACAUCCAAGCCGCUUAAAUCCUGAUUUAUUAGAAGAGUGCAACCGCUUGGAAUUAAGACGACAUCUUGAAGAUGAAAAGCUGACGAAAUCUUUGAUAUUAAAUCUACAAAACUUAAUAAAGAAUAAGUAUUCUAGUGAAAAUUUAAAUGUCUCUGAGGAACACGUAAGAAGCGUAUUACUUUGGGCAACGUCAAGAAUAACUAGAAUAGAAGAAUUGGUGACGCCAAAGUUCGCAUUCCUCUGGAUAUUACCAUCAAACAAAAAUUUAGAAGUCAAUAGAAAUCUGUUCGAGAAAUUGGUCAGUGAUUUGGAGAACCUUGAGAAAUUUGAACAGGAUUCUAUUAAGGAUAAUUUGAAGAAUUUUUCAGCGGAAAACGGGGUAAAAUUUCCAGUUUUGAUGAAAAUGUUAAGGUCAGUUCUGAGCGGGUUGAACGAAGGGCCGAGCGUCUCUGAAAUGAUGCAACUGCUGGGCAAAUUUCAAUCUUUGGAGAGAAUAAAAGCUGCUAUAAGAUAAU